GGCGGUGGCUGCUGGGGCCUGCUGAGCAGCGGUCGCAUGCAGCUCCUAUGAGGCCCCUGCCGCCGGUCGGCGAUGUCCGGCUGGAGCUGUCCCCGUCGCCGCCGCUGCCGCUGCCGGCUGUGAGCGGGUCUCCGGUCGGGUCGUCCGGGCGUCUCAUGGCCGCUAGCAGCUCCCUGGUGCCCGACCGGCUGCGCCUGCCGCUCUGCUUCCUCGGCGUCUUUGUCUGCUAUUUCUACUAUGGGAUCCUGCAGGAGAAGAUAACAAGAGGAAAGUAUGGGGAGGGAGCCAAACCGGAGACAUUCACUUUUGCCUUAACCCUGGUCUUCAUCCAAUGUGUGAUCAAUGCUGUGUUUGCCAAGAUCUUGAUCCAGUGUUUUGACACUGCGAGGGUGGAUCGCACUCGGAGCUGGCUCUAUGCUGCCUGCUCGGUCUCCUAUCUGGGUGCCAUGGUCUCCAGCAACUCAGCACUACAGUUUGUCAACUAUCCGACUCAGGUCCUUGGUAAAUCCUGCAAGCCAAUCCCAGUCAUGCUCCUUGGAGUUACCCUCUUGAAGAAGAAGUACCCAAUGGCCAAGUACCUGUGUGUGUUGCUAAUUGUGGCUGGAGUGGCCCUUUUCAUGUACAAACCCAAGAAAGUAGUUGGGAUAGAAGACCACACAGUUGGCUACGGAGAGCUGCUUCUGUUACUGUCUCUGACCCUGGACGGACUGACAGGCGUUUCCCAGGACCACAUGCGGGCUCACUACCAAACGGGUUCCAACCACAUGAUGUUGAACAUCAACCUUUGGUCGACAUUGCUGCUGGGAGCUGGAAUCCUGUUCACUGGCGAGCUCUGGGAGUUCUUGAGCUUUGCCGAAAGAUACCCCACCAUCAUCUACAACAUCCUGCUCUUUGGUCUGACCAGCGCCCUGGGGCAGAGUUUCAUCUUCAUGACGGUGGUGUAUUUUGGCCCCCUGACCUGCUCCAUCAUCACGACAACUCGCAAGUUCUUCACCAUUUUGGCCUCUGUGAUCCUCUUUGCCAACCCCAUCAGCCCCCUGCAGUGGGUGGGCACCGUGCUCGUGUUCUUGGGUCUCGGUCUUGAUGCCAAGUUUGGGAAAGGAGUCAAGAAGACGUCCCACUAGGAACAGAGAGACUACCUUCACUUCAAGCAUAUUUAAGUUAUUAUCUCAGAUACGGACAUCUCUUGGGCAAAUGGACACAAUAGGGAAAAAAAGACUGGGACUGGGUUCCAGUCUGUUUGGGGUUUUUUGGUUUUGUCUUGUUUUUUGUUUGUUUUUUUUAAGAAAAGGAAGCAAAAAUCACAUAUUCUGAAAGAAGCCCUUGGAUUUUAACAGGACAGAGUUGGCAGUUUCUGUUCUGGCUGACCGGGAGCACAGCCCAGGGCAGAGACGAGAGCUGAUGCUCUUUGCCCAGGCUUCCUGCCGGCUGUAGGUGCCCUGGUUGGGUGGCUAAUUCCCCCAAGCGCCCAAGCCUUGCCGGGAGGAACUUUAAUAGGUUUGCAGUUGUGAUUGUGGUCUCCGCUCCCACAGGUGACGGUCCAAACACGCCAGGACGGGGGGGCUGGCCGUUAGAGCCAGAGAAUAUGAAAAUCACUUCCUCUCCGCAAGCUCUGCUGGGCAAAUCUGUCUUUAAGAACUCCAGAUCUCUUCUUUCCUCAAGAAACCUCUCUUGAAGUCAGUGGGGGGGGGAGGGAAAUGAGUCCAGAGCCACAGCGGCUGCCGCGUUUUCACAUUUCCCCGCGGCCUCCCCUUCGGCCAGAGCUCGCGCGAGCCCCGAGUGGAGACCCAGCGUGUGUAUCAUGAACAGCUUGGGAAGGUCGCUUCCCUCCCUCC